AUGGGUUCAAAGGAGAACAACCCAGGUCUCGUUAGGUCCUCAAAUUUCCAAGGUCCAAGAUUGGUGGGUACCAAGUUUGUGAAGGAGGUGGGGCCGAUUCGUCGUCAGGCAUUGAGAGAUGUCCAAAACAUCACCAGAGCUAACGUCAACCCUUGUGUUGUCAACAAAAGAGAAUGUGCUGGGAAAGAUGCGGCAUGUAAUAAAAAUGUGGCAAAUCUGCCACAUAGACCAAUUACAAGGAGGUUUGCAGCACAAAUGGUCCAGCAGUGCCCAAAGGAAACCAAGGAAGUGACUGUGACUUCAUUGGUUGCGAAUCGGAGUGGUGUGGUGGAUGUGGAGGACUGUGAAAUUGAUCUGGAAACUAAGAAACUGAGCUCAUCUACUGCCAAUUCUAGUUGUCUGGUGGACUGUGAAAUUGUAGAUGUGGAGGAUAAUGAGGAUGAGGCUUGUGAUGCUCCUGUGCCAAUGUUUGUGAAGCACACAGAAGCCAUGCUAGAUGAAAUUGAUAGGAUGGAAGAGGAUGAAGAUGUAGAGGAACCUGUUAUGGAUAUUGACAGCUGCGGCUUGAAGGAUCCACUUAAUGUUGUUGAGUACAUAGAUGACAUCUACGCUCACUACAGGAAAACUGAGAAGUCAAGCUGUAUCUCCCCUAGUUACAUGGCUCACCAACCUGACAUCAAUGAGAAAAUGAGGGCGAUUCUCAUCGACUGGCUUAUUGAGGUCCACUACAAGUUUGAGCUUAUGGAUGAGACAUUAUUCCUUACUGUCAGUCUUAUAGACAGAUUCUUAGAGAGCCAAAUGGUGAUCAGAAAGAAGCUUCAAUUGGUUGGUGUGACAGCCAUGUUACUAGCAUGCAAGUAUGAAGAGGUUUCUGUCCCAAUUGUGGAAGAUUUUGUUCUUAUAUCAGAUAAGGCAUAUUCAAGGAAAGAUGUCCUUGAUAUGGAGAAAUCAAUGGUGAACAGUUUACAAUUCAACUUUUCUGUUCCUACUCCAUUUGUGUUCAUGAAGAGAUUCCUCAAGGCAGCUCAAUCCGACAAAAAGAUUGAGCUUCUGUCCUUCUUCCUCAUUGAGCUAUGCCUGGUGGAGUAUGAAAUGCUCAGGUUCCCCCCAUCUAAGCUAGCUGCUGCUGCAAUUUACACUGCUCAGUGUAGUCUGUCCCGGUUCAAGCAAUGGAGCAAGACCAGCGAGUGGUAUACUAAUUACUCAGAAGAUGAGCUCCUAGAAUGCUCAAGGAUGAUGGUUACUUUCCAUCAGAAGGCUGAAACUGGGAAACUUACUGGAGUACACAGGAAGUACAGUACAUGGAAAUUUGGCUAUGCAGCUAAAGCUCAACCAGCUGCAUUCCUCCUGGAUCUCUAA